AUGCACAUUAAAGAGGUCAACAUCACAGGAUUCCGCAGUUAUCGUGAAGUUACGAGCAUUGACAGCUUCUCACCGAAACAUAAUGUCAUAGUGGGACGUAAUGGUAGUGGAAAGUCGAAUUUCUUUUUUGCUAUUCAGUUCGUUCUGAGCGAUGAGUUCAGCCACCUUCGUUCGGAGCAAAGAAUGGGAGUGCUGCACGAAGGUACCGGUCCUCGUAUCAACACAGCUCGUGUUGAAAUAGUCUUCGAUAAUAGUGAUCGCAGGAUUCCCGCAAUUGAAGGAACAGAGGUUCGGGUAGUACGCCAAGUCGGUCAAAAAAAGGACCAAUAUUUCAUCGAUGGGAAGAUGGUGCCUCGCGCGGAGGUUGUCAAUCUCAUGGAGUCUGCUGGUUUCUCGCGAUCGAAUCCAUACUAUAUCGUCAAACAAGGAAAGAUCAACGAGUUGGCUACAGCUCCUGAUUCGCAUAGGCUCAAGUUGUUGCGUGAAGUCGCUGGAACGCGGGUGUAUGACGAACGGAAGGAAGAAAGCUUGAAGAUUCUAAAAGAGACACAUAACAAAACGACUAAGAUUGAAACACUGUUGUCGUAUAUUGACGAACGCUUAAAAACGUUAGAAGAAGAGAAGGAAGAUCUGAAGGAAUACCAAAAAUGGGACAAAAUGAAAAGAUCGAUUGAAUAUACAAUUUACGAUACCGAGGCUAACGAAACACGAAAGAAAUUGGAGCGGUUACUUGACCAGCGUGAGGAGCUUAGUACUCGUCAGACAAAGAUCAUCUUUUCUUUACUAGUAUUUCUUCUGAUACGUCAGUUUCACACGUGCAUUUCAAUUAAGGAAGCUCUUCUCGUGGAGCAGGCGCAGCGAUUCGAGAAAAAAGCGGAGCUGGCAUUGUUGAUAAACGAUCUGAAAGAAGACGUUGAAAAAGAGAAGAGCGGUCGCAAUAAAGCCGAAGAUGUACUCAACCAAGUGAAAGCUGAGAUUCGUGAGAAAGAAGAAGAGUUAGAGCGAAUCACCCCAAGGUAUCAAGAACUCGUUGAAAAAGAGUCAGCUCUUUCUUCUGAUAUCCGCAUCGCGGAAAUGAAAUCCAAAGAGUUGUUCGCGAAGCAGGGACAUAAGGAUCAAUUCAAGUCUGCAGAAGAACGGGACACUUUCCUUCGUCGAGAGGUGCGGCAUAUAACUCGUCAAAUUGACGACACUGAAGAGCAAAUGAAGGAUAUUGAGAAAAGUUUGGAUGACGAAGCUCGUGAAGAAGAACAACUAACAACUCAUGUCCAGGAGCUUGGCGUUGAACUUCACGAGAAUCAUAUCCGCAUGGAUAAAGCCAGCUCCGAACAUGGUCGCUUGAAACAAGAGUUUGAUAGAGCAAUGGUUGCUCAACUAGAUGCCACUCGUGAAGAGAAAGCUAUUCGUGAUUGUAAAAGAAUGGUUAGUGAAGUAAUUUAUCUCAACGCACAUUCAUUACAGUCCAUUACAAAUGGUGUGGAAGGCGUACGACGAAUAGUGCAGUGGUUCCGUGAUAAUAACCAUGAUGGACGUCAUGACGACGUUGUCAAAGGAUACCACGGUAUCUUCUUGGACCUCAUCGACUGUGAUCCGAUCUAUUUCCAAGCAGUAGAGGUUACUGCUGGUAAUCGACUGCUUUUCCAUGUUGUUUCGGAUGACAGGGUCGCUUUGAAAAUAAUGAAACAAUUCAACCAGCAGAAUUUGCCGGGAGAAUGCAACUUUUUCCCGGUCAACAGAGUAGUUGGACCUCCUCGAAAGGAAUAUCAGGAUGCUGAUGGCCGCGCUAUUUUGGAUGUUUUCGACUAUGAUGAAUAUUACGACGCUGUGUUUCGUACCGCUAUCGUUCGUGAUCUUCAUCUUGGUGCUCGUUUUGCUAGGAGUGAAGGAUUCGAUUGUGUGACUCUGGAUGGGGAUCAGAUAUCCAAACGGGGUGCUCUCACUGGUGGUUAUAUAGACACGAAAAGGUCAAAGCUGGAGUUGCACAAAAGUAUUAAAGCCCAGAAGAUGAAUCGCGAUCAGCUGCAGGCUGACAACGAUAUGCGUGUGUACAAGCAGCAGCAUCGAGAUCUCACUGAAAAGAAACGUUACGCGAGUGAGCAACUACAUGCCAUGGGAAGAAAUCGUGAGCCAAAGAAAGCCCAGCUGCUCAAUCUACGAAAUCGUGUCCGUGAACUGCGUGCUCAAUUGGACGGCUAUGAAAGUCAAAUAGGAUCCGAAUUCUUGUCUCAAAUCAGCAAAUCUGAGCAGUUGGAAUGCGAACGAUUGCAGCGGGAAAUCCUUGAAAAGAAGCAGCAACUGGACCAGGUGGCAAAACAGCGGAGCACGCUUGAGACAACAAAACAGCGGCUCGAGAAUCAGCUCCGAACGAAUCUUCUUCGUAAGAGAGACAGCCUAACUGCGGUAAGGGUCGACUUACCUUUUGACAUCGCAGUUGACGAGAAGAGGCACAACUUGCAAGCAGAAUCGGCAGAACUGAAUUCGGUCAUUCAAAGGAUCAUAGUUGAUUUAGAGAGAAUUUUGGAUGUCUCCAUAAUUCAUCAAUUUUUGCAGGAACAACAAAAAGACUUGGAAGCGCAGCUGGCGGACUUUUCUAAACAAGCAGACAUAAUAUUUACUAAGCAGAGCACUCUGCAAAGUAAGCGAGAGGAAAAUGUGAAGAAGGUCACUUUUCCUAUUCGUGAACUUGGCUCUCUACCGACGGAUGCCUUUUCGAAAUAUCAAGGAUUGACCACAAAACAGUUGGACAAGAAGUUAGCUGAGUGUAUGCUCGAAUUGAAGAAAUACGAAAAUGUGAACAAAAAGGCACUCGAUCAAUUCGUGCAAGCUGCCUCUCAAAAGGAAGAGCUAACCAAACGAAUGGAGGAGCAGCAUAAGAGUCAAAAGGCGAUUGAAGAUCUACUCCAAGUUUUAGAUACAAGAAAAUUCGAGGCUAUACAGUUAACCUUCAAACAGGUGUCGAAGAAUUUUGUCGAAGUCUUUCAAAAGUUGGUUCCAAAUGGUUCAGGAUCGUUGGUUAUUCAAACAGGCAAAGAUGUAAGAUUUCAAAUUCGAUUUGAUUUCUUCUCCGCUAUGGGAAGCAUAACUGCUUUCGUGUCGUUCGACGGAGGCUCUGAAACGCGUGAAAUGGUGCAGCUCUCAGGUGGACAGAAGUCAUUGGUAGCCUUAGCUUUAAUUUUUGCAAUCCAAAAAUGCGACCCAGCUCCUUUUUAUCUGUUCGAUGAGAUCGAUGCGGCACUGGAUGCCCAACACAGAAAAGCUGUUGCAGACAUGAUUCAUGAGUUAGCGGAAAAUGCUCAAUUCAUCACCACAACCUUCCGACCGGAACUGCUAGAGUCAGCGGAAAAGUAUUAUGGAGUGAAGUUUAGGAACAAGGUUUCUCAUAUUGAUGUCGUGACAAAAGAACAAGCGUAUGAUUUCGUUGAAGACGAUACAACUCACGGAUAA